CCAAUAGUUUGGGCAGCUUAUUCUGAUGAAUUCGCAACAAGAAAAAAAGUAUUUAUCACUUCUCUUCUGCUAUUUAUUUCAGCAUCUGUGGUGUGCGCAGUCGCAACAAACAUUUGGUUGUUAACAGUAAUGCGCUCCAUUCAAGCUUGUGCUAAUGCUGCUGUAUUGCCACUUAGUGCUGGAGUUAUAAGUGACAUUUACGAUCCUCUCGCAACAACUUUUGGUGGAUUUAUAGCUCAAUAUCUCGGUUGGCGUUGGAUUUUUUGGAUUUUGGCAAUUUUUGGUG